GCUCUUGAAAUGAGACUCAGAGCUCUCGUCUAGUUAUGCGCCAUGAGAUGCAGCUGGAAUCAGCUGGCCCGCCAUUGCCAUUGUCACAAUGUCCCAGGGUUGUAAUUACACAAGGGCCGUGCCAAAGCAUCAUUCAGCUCCUUUUAUGGUCAAGCCGCCACGCUUGUAGAGGGAUUCCAAAAAGCAGCUUCUCUGUGCAAUAUUGCUGCUGAAGGCGGCACUGUCGGUAGCCCUUUUACCUCUCUAUCAACAGCAUUUGGCGCUGCACUAGCGAUACUUUUGCUAAGAGGGCAUGUAGCCCUGUUUGCAAUACCGAGUGAUAUUGCAUAUGCUUGAUCAACCGUACAUGCGUAACAUUGACACGACAGCAGACAUGUCCGCCUAUUGAUGUCAAUCAGUCUGCACUGGAAACCAAGGAGUCCAAAGUUUGCACUUGCAUUGGUUGCCUCAAGGUCCAGCCUCGGUUUCUAAAAGCUUGGCGCAGCAGACAUUGAGCGGAAGUUCGAUGAGUUCAGUGUAUGGCUAUGGGGGCAACUACAGGCCACCAGAGAAGGCAGUCGUUCAGCCACAAAAGGAGAAGCCCCCUCCAAUGAUCACCCACUUUCUCCCUGGCCUCAUGAUUGGCUGGCUGCUAUCUCGGCUCCACGCCCACCAAAGUCGGGCGUCUGACGAAGGGCCGGAAGAUUCCGCAUCGGAAAACGGGGGGAAGAGAAAGGGCAGAAAGCCGUUGCCUCGAAGAGCGGACCUUCCGAAGGGCGUGGUGCAAAAGUCGGGGCCGUCGAACGCAGCUCUGCCAGCAACGUUCGCAAGCGAUGGGCAAGAGAUGAAAAUGGUGUUGGUUGUUCGACAAGAUCUGAAGAUGGGUGGUGGCAAGAUCGCAGCGCAGUGCUCACACGCGGCCGUCGGUACGUACCACGACCUCCAGCGGCAGAACCGGGCGCUUCUCAGCAAGUGGGAGGCCUGCGGACAGCCCAAAAUCGUCGUGCUCUGUAAAGACAUGCGGGAAAUGGGCCAACUUGAAGGGAAGGCCUCCCGGGCGGGCCUGCCGACGCACGUCAUCACGGACGCAGGGCGGACGCAAGUGGCGGCCGGAUCCAAAACCGUCCUGGCUGUGGGGCCAGGGCCGAAGUCGGUGGUUGACGCCGUCACGGGGCAUCUCAAGCUGAUGUCAUGACACUAGUGGCAGUUUGACUCGGUCUAGUACCUGAUCAGUCACAGUACCAAUCAGAUGACAGGGCAAAUUUACAAAGCUGUCGCUCAACAGGGGCACCGGGUUCAGAUUCCUUCUGGCGGCACCUCUUCAAAUCCCGGAAUCUGCUUAAUUCGAUGGCAGGCAGCUAUCGCUGACAUGAGAUUCUAACAGAGUCGCUGCGGGCCUUGUUGCGUGAGCUACUUAACUGCACUUGCAAUAGUGAUCUGCUCGCGCAGUCUCGGACGCCCUAGCCAUGCCUUACUUAGCUGACCAACAAAAGUGUUGAACCGUGCCGGCCGGACACCGCGCCUGACUUGCUUUUCAUCGGCACGUGUAGCCCUUGCAUGCGCCGCAUGCCUCUGAGCUAGUUAAUAAAAGAUGGAUAUGUCCUCGCUUUCAAAGAGC